GGGGCCCCAAACCCGAAUUACCCGACCGCCCAACUAUAAAAACAACUCCCACGUCUAGGUUCUCGUUUUCAUGCAACGGGCUUAAAGAAGAAAAGAGGAACAGUUGUUCCGCGUUUUCGCUCUUUCCUCUCAGGUCAUCUUCGUCGGUUCCAUUAGAAGGUGCAAUAAUUAUUUUCCCUUUCUUUCCUAGCAAGAGCGUUAAUAGAGUGACCUGCAGGCAUGGCUGAGGAGGGUUAUAAUGUUACCUUGAAUUUGUACGACUUGAGCCAAGGACUUGCUCUGCAGCUUUCAACGACCUUGUUAGGGAAGGCUAUUGAGGGGAUAUGGCACACUGGAGUUGUGGUUUAUGGUAAGGAAUACUAUUUUGGUGGAGGAAUCCAGCAUGCUCUUGUUGGGACAACAUCAUAUGGGAAGCCGAUUAGAGUCAUUGAUUUAGGAGUUACUCAUGUGUCUGAGGAUGUGUUUGAGAUGUAUUUGCAGGAGAUUAGUCCUCGUUACACGGCUGAGACCUACAGUUUGCUUACCCACAAUUGCAACAACUUCAGCAAUGAGGUUGCCCAAUUUCUAGUUGGUUCCGGCAUUCCAGACUAUAUCUUGCAGCUGCCUAAUGAAGUUAUGAGCAGCCCCAUGGGUGCACUUUUAAUGCCCAUGAUACAGAAUUUAGAGACAACCUUGAGAGCUGGUGCUGUUCCUCAAGUUCCCCAAUUCACCCCUUCUGUAUCCAGUCUGUCAUCUCGGUCCACAACUGCCAACGUGUACGCCAACACUACACAGAAAAAAGAGGUUGACAGUAAGGCGAAGGCUGUGGAGCAGCCAAAAUCCGAGGAAGUCAAGACAACGCCACCUUCUAAACCGACUGGAGCACAGGAAAAAUGUCAAACUGGUAGAGCUGCAGCAGAUCCACUUGGAGAUGCACGAGCCAAGGUCCAAGAGGAGAUAACACGUGAAUUUUCCGCCAUCAUGGCCACUGGAACAUUGCGAGCUAGUGAGGCAGCAGCACUGGCGACCAGAAAAGUGAUGCAGAAAUACGGGCACUUGAAUGUUGCCAUGCCACAGAGUUAGAUGCAGGAAAGAUUAAAGGAAAAAAAGAACUUUGUUUUCUUUUCUUCCUUGCAGGUGCAGCCAUGGAUAUUUGGAUUCGGACAAAUUGAAAUCAUUUCAUAAUAAUGACUCGACUUCAUUAACAAAAUGAUUUGAAUUUUUCUA